GACGUAGUCAAGUUCCAGAUAUAUAUCGAUGACAUGGCUGGGUUUCCAGAGAUGAACAAAGCCUACUGUGAGAUCAUGGGCGAUGACCCGCCUGCGCGAAUCACCGUGGGACAGGCUAAGCUGGCUUUGGGUGCACAAGUAGAGAUUGAUGGCAUUGCCUAUCUUCCCAGAAAAUAG